UGAAGAGUUCAAAAUUUCCUGAUUAUUAUUAUAAAAAAAGUCACUUAGCAACAUAACACAAGGAAAUUGCCCAAAACUGCAAUAUAUAAGGCUUGCUUUUGAGGCUUUGGAUCAUUUAACUCCACCCAAUCUCUUUUCUAUGUAAAUCAAGUCUAUUCCAAGUUAGGAAAAUGAAUUCAGACAAACUUAAACUCCUAACUUUCUCAACCACUUCCUUUUUAUUUCUGAUUUCUCUAGCAGGUAAGCUACAGUCUAAUGAACUAUCCCUGAGAUGUUACAAACACAAGUUCCUAACUGUCACACUUCUUUGAUGUUCUAGCGGCAUUCGACCCGCUGGACCCAAAUGGAAAAAUCGAAAUCAAAUGGGAUGUCAUGUACUGGACUGCAGAUGGUUAUGUGGUACGUCUCUUCUUUGACACAAGCUCCAAGAAUAUCCUAUUCUAACAAACUGUACUUUAUGGUUUGGUUGACACAAGUAAUGUGCUAUAUGCAACGUUGAAUUUCCAGGCAACUGUGACUAUAACAAACUCUCAGACAUACCGACAUAUCACGAGCCCCGGAUGGACCUUGGGUUGGGUAUGGGCAAAAGAAGAGGUCAUUUGGUCCAUGCAGGGAGCUGAAGCUACUGAUCAAGGAGAUUGUUCGAGUUCCACGUUUACAGAAACUAUACCACACAGUUGCAAAAGAGAUCCAUCAGUGGUUGACUUACUUCCUGGUGCUCCUUAUAACAAACAGGCAGCUAUGUGCUGCAAAGGUGGUGUUUUGACAUCUUGGGGACAGGAUCCUUCAUCUGCUGUCUCUGCCUUCCAAUUGACGGUUGGUCGUUCCGGUAGUUCAAAUAAUACAGUGAGACUUCCCAAGAAUUUCACCUUGAAUGGUCCAGGGCUGGGUUACACGUGUAGCCAGGCAAAGAUUGUGCCGCCAUCAGCUUUCUAUUCAUCUGAUGGUCGUCGAAGAACUAAUGCAUUGAGUAAAUAUCACAACUACACCAAACUAUAAAAAGAGAUAUCUGUGUUUUAUGUGCACUUACAUAUCUUCAUAACUCCAAAGAUAGGGAGGAUUCAUGAGGACUUUGAAAGGGAUGAGAUGCCCACCAGACUAUUUUUCACAUUAUUUUUAACAUCUCAACUGAACAUCAAACUCCCUUGCUUCUUUUUGCAGUGACUUGGGAUGUGACAUGCUCUUACUCACAGUUUCUUGCUUCUCAAACGCCAACCUGUUGUGUUUCCAUGUCAUCUUUCUAUAACUCGAAAAUUACUCCUUGUAAAGCAUGUGCUU